UCGCUACUGCCAUCAUCUUCGUUUUGGUCAAUUAAACGUGUUUUGGACUUGCAAAUAUUGUUUGCAUAACGUUAAAAAAUUCUAUUUAUUUUGAUAAUUAGAAUACAAUGAAUAUCGAUGUAUAGUAAACGACAGUUAAUCAAUUUCAAACGGCCUAUACUUUUAGUUUUCUCAUUGUGGUUUUAAGAGAAGAAAAUGCGACCAAUAGCCUUCCUUUGUGUUUCGUCUCGAUUACAAUACCUUUUUCACUAUUUGUGUAAUUCAUUCUCAAUCAACUAUGUGAAUUUACGAUUCUUCAUAGAUUGUGCAAAAUAAUAUAGUGUUAUAAAGUGUAAGCAUUAUCACGAAUACCCUAACCUUUAUCGUGCACUUUGCAUUUUCGGAAGAACAAUUUUUUAUUUAGCUUCAGUGCGUUAAUAUGCAAAAUACAAUAAAGAAUGAGCUGGUUUGAUGCCACUGGGUUUGCCAACUUGGCCAAGUCUGCUUUGAAAGAAGCCCAAAAAACUAUCGACAAAGCAUUGGAUAUCAAAGAUGAAGAUCAAAAAUCUGUGGAGCACCUUACAGAGGAUACAUCAGACUUUUUCGCAACCUGGGGAUUGAAAAACGAUGAAAAUGUUGAUCAAAUAGCACAGAUCGAUGAGAAAAGCAAGGAUUCUAAACAAGAAACAUCGAGUAGCAUAUGGGGCAGUUUCAGUGGAUCCUUCUUUGAAACUUCAAAAUUAAAUGAAGAUGAAAGUAGUCAGAACCGUAUUACUCAUUCCAAAUCUUUACAGAGUACAUCCGACGGAAAUGGGCAAAAAUCUAGGCUUACAUAUUCAUCAUCUUUCUCAGAAGAUUACAGAGGUAAAAUUUCAAGCCCUUGGGAGGAUUCCAAACAUACAAGCAAAGAUUGCAAGGAGGACACAGUUGACAAAGCCCACAAUGAUGCUUCUCAAGAUAUUACCGAUGCAUCUACUUCUGACCCUUUGAAGCAAUCCGAUCCGCUGGAGAUAAUUACUUCAGACAAUACAACUUCCGACGAGGACGACAAAAUGAAAGAUUGUUUGAAUAUCAAUGUAGAGAAAUACGACUGGAGCGAGCACUCCUUAAAUAAAAAUGAUGCUAUUGUUAUAAACGAUCAAAGUGGUGAGUCAGAAUGCGACAAAACUGAAGCCUGCGAACACAGCUUGUGUAUCGAUGACCAUGCGUUGAACAGAAUGUCGUACGUGUCUUCAGAAAAUGAUAAGAAGAGUUUGGAAAGCGUCGAGAUUCUUGGUUCUCGAUCCAAUACCGAUUGCACUACCACACCAGAAUCGGACAGCAAUUCCAUCAGUAAUUCGGCAAGUCCUUCUGCUAUGGGCGCUAAAGUGAAUUCCGAAUCGGUGGAGAUAUUACCAGACAGUCCAGUUACAUCUCCAAGUUCUGUAGAAAUUUUAGGGGAUUGGAAAAGCGAUAGCAGCCCCUAUUUAUCCCCAAUAAAUCCAAGGCGCAGCGAUUCAUCUUCCGCCUUGGAUAGAGGCGAUUCAGUGACGCCCUGUUGGGAAGACAACAGCGCGGCGCAGAGCGGAAGUAAAGAAGAAAAUCAAUUGUAUCCGUCAUCUUCCGAUAUUUCCCCGUACGAAUCACCGAUGGAAGAAGCAAAAACGCCACACACCGAUUCGUUUAUGAGCAGCGUAGAUAGUUCAUCGUCUACGGGGACCUAUCCUGGAGGAUCGGUUCCGUAUUUAAGCAAAAACUUGCCAUCGUCCGGUGUGCAUAACGUGAAAUCUCUCACGUCAGAUAGCGUGGAAGUGAUACCAUACCCGGAUGAACCAGACGAAGCGAGUUUGGCCGAAGAUUCUUACACCUCUGCCUCGGAGAGUACGCUCACCACGAUAUUGGAAACGUUUCAGCAGAAAGAGCAAGCUAAAAGUAAAAUCGAUAUUCCCAUCAGCGUUUCUUGUCCGGAUGAUAAACAAGCUUUGAUAAAAAGUUACACGGAAGUUGGUUUAAAUCUAAGCUUGGACUCCCUAAAAGAGAAACAUAAUUUACAUCUGCCGAUCGAAGCAAUCACCACGCAGCCUAUUCGUAAAUUGAUGGAAUAUCUCGACGGAACGGGUAAAAGAUCCGAAACUGAUCGAAAAAGUCUCGAUCGGCUUUUGAACGUUGCUAUAGAACCAGUGGAACCGAAAACGAAACAGUACUCUGCCGACAAAAUUAUCGUACCGCAUCCAUUAAAGUCGGACACGUUAGAAACUGUGGAUCAGCAUUUAAUGCCAAUAGACUCGAGUUGCGAAGGAACCUCAAACGAAACUAAUUCAGAAGAUAAUCUAUCGCUAAUGCAUAAAUUAGAAGAACAAAUUUCAGAGACACCUUUGACGACUAGUUCGUACGUGAAGACAAUGUUAGCGGAUGCGAUGAUCGAAAAGGGUGAGAUCAUCGAGAUCGAAGGACAGGCCGCGGAUAUGCCUCGAGAGAAUUCCCCCAUUUCCUCGGAAAGUCGAUCCGAUCUGGUUAAAAUUGGUUCAGAUCAAACGAGUGGUCACACCAGUGGAGACGAAUUAGAAACUACAACUUCCAGCGACAUUGAAAUUAUAUCCAGGUAUAGUCCAAAUGGCGAUUCGAGCUCGACGCACUCACGACAAAGUCUGGUAAAGGUACAAUCGGUAAAAAAUAGUGAUCUUUUGACGAAAACUUUAAAAGCUAGAGAACAUUCAAGAGGAUUGAGCGAAAUUAGCGUGGGAUCCGACGAAGGGAACAUCGAGAUAGAGACAUUGUUAAAGCGUGUACAGGAAAUGACAGAAAUAUUAGAAGCUAGAGAAUCGAAGCUUCUAGACAUGAGCAGAAUGAACAUGGAAUUACACGAGCAAAAUAUCAAUCUAAAAAAGCAGCUCGACAAUUUUGAAAAGAACGCGGAGCAAAGUCAGCAUUUGAAUCAAAUUGCUGACGAAUAUACACAACGAUUGUCCGCGUUAGAAAAAAAGUUUCAGCAAGCGAUACGGGAACGAGAUUUGUUGAGGAAGAACUUGGAACAGUUAAAAUUGGAAGCAGCUACGCGUUUAUCCUCCCAAGAGAUGUUUAGUUUGAGCGCCGAGAAAGACGAAAUCAUUAAGGAGCUUAGGGAAGAAGGUGAAAAGUUGAGCAAGCAACAGCUUCAGCAUAGUAAUAUUAUUAAAAAGUUACGAGUCAAGGAAAAAGAAAACGAUGCUUUAAUAAAGAGUCAAAAGGAACAAAUGGAAGAACAGACAUCAGAAUUGGAACGUUUGAAGAGAUCGUUGCACGCGAAAGAAGAAGUCGAACGAUCCCAAAUAGAGGCUGUCCAUACAUUAACGGCAAAAACGAAAAAACAAGAAAAAGAAAUUUUAACAUUACAAGAAAAAUUAGAUAACACUCUCCACAGGAUGGAUGCCUACAAGAAAAGUUUGGAUGCUGCGAAAAUAGAUUUGACCGAAACUAAGAAACUUCUGGCAGCAACGGAAACGGAAUUAAAAGAGGCGACAAACAGCGCCCGGGAAUCGUGUCAGCUUCUUGCGCAAGUAGAAGAACUGAAAGUUAAAUUACGGGAAUCGGAGGAAAUGCGUGUCAAAAAAGAAGAGUUUCUUAAGCACGAGAACAGCGAGCUGCUGAAACGCUUAGAAGCCGCCGAAGCUAGAAGCGAAGAACUUUCGGAAUCGGUAUCGAUGGCCACGAAACCAUUACUUAGACAAUUAGAACAGCUUCAAGCGAAUUUGACGCACAAGUCCAACAGCUUCAUGAAGCAAGAAAAGGCGUUAUCGGAGAAAAAUAUCGAAUUGCAGACCAAAGUGGAAAAUUUAAUUGAAAUGGAACGUUACUUAAAAGAGGAAAAUGUUAACUUAAAGUCGAAAAUAUCUCAGUUAGAAUCGAAACUCACUGCUAAAGAGACCGAAAGAACGCGACUGCAAGAGUCGUACAACGAAUUAAUGAUAAAAAAGGAGAAGCUAAUCGAACAGAAUGUCCGACAUCGGCAAACUAUAGAAACACUUACGCAGUCGCAUUCUUCGCAAAUAACGGAGCUGAACAAAGAAAUUGUGGCGUUAGAAAAUAAACUGGCUGUUGAGCAAGCAGCUACGGACGCAGAAAAGAAGAAAAAUCACGCUAUGUCAGAGCAACGACGAAAUGUUGGAAGCAACGAGCGACUCAGUUCUACCACUGAUAUAGAGGAAGACUCAGUAGAUGCGAUAAACAGUAUUUGGCCGUUAUACCAUUCUGAAGACAAUUCGGAAAGGUACCCGGUGUACGACGGUAUCAGGGCAGGAUCGAGUAGCACUUCCAUAUUUGAGAAUUUGCAAUCACAAUUGAAACAAAAAGAUGGUGAAAUACAGCAACUUCAGUGGGAAUUAUCGCGUCGUAAUACAGAACGGGAUGCACUUAACACUGAACUAUCCACGUUAACCUUAAAGAUCGAAGAAUUGAAUAGCAAAGUUUCGAAUAUUAUGGUUUUGAACGAAAGUUUGCAGGAAAUACAAACACGAUACGACGCGUUGUUACAAAUGUACGGAGAGAAAAUGGAGGAAAAUCAAGAAUUGCGUUUAGACCUUGCAGAUAUUAAAGAAAUGUACAAAACGCAAAUUGAUCAACUUCUAAAACGAGAUACUUGAAAUUGUUCGCGAUUAAAACAUCCUCAUUGAUUCAUUUAAGUUUCAUAGAUACGACGACACGUUCUUAAAUAAUGUUGCUAUUACAACGAAAUCGUCGAGGUUGAUUGAAAACGAUAGGGAAUGGUAGUAAACUAUUGAUACCAAUUAUUAAUCUGUAUAAAAUUACUUUAAGGAAGUAUCGUGAAAGUUGCAAUCUAGUUAAAUUAAUUUUAUGUUUUACGGUCUAUACUUUUGGGAGAUUCGAGCUGGUCACGUUGAGUUAGAGAAUUCAAACUCUGUCAAUUUUAUAUUCCACUUAUUUAAUGUUUGUGUAAAAUUGCAAAAGCUGCAGUUUGAAGUUCCGUUCACUCCGCAGUUAUCGCUGUCGUCAAUCGAUGGACGACUACCAGACGAGUAACUAUUCAAAUCAAUCUCCGUUGUGUACGUAUAUGCGCGCAUACAUGUAUAUACAUCGUGUAAAAGUAGAGUAAGAAGGCAAACAAUGUGAUAUGAAGUAUAAUAUAUCUUUUAAAGUUUCUCAUAUUGUAAUAUACAAUUGAAUUACAAUGUAAUUUAUUAAAAAAUUACGUUCGUUUACUGAGAAUGGUAUCUCUUUUGUAGCUACAAACGAGAUAUCGAAAGAUUCAAAAUUUAAGGUCGUAAUUUUAAAUUGGGAGUUGAGAACUUAUUGACACAUAAGUCUGCACACACGGGCGUACACAUACAUAGGCAAGUAAGCGAGCAAGCAAAGCAUGCAGGCAGACAAAGACUCAUAUUCAAUAAGAAUAAUACGUAUCGGA